UUGUAUUUGCAAUGGAUUAAUGCAGAAAAUUUUAUAUCACAUGUAAGGUGAUAAUUAGGAUCACCGGGGUGAAUGAUAAAAUCGUUCGGUCAUACCUGAAGGAUUGUGGUAAAAGCCAACAUUUUUCGAGUAUUGAAAUAUAAGUGGAAAAUAGUUAAAAUAGUUGCAGCCGGUGGUGUGCAUGAAAUCAUAGUGUACCUCCCUCACUACGAUCCUUUCGGUUGACACUUUAUUUUCUAACAGUUAUCCGACAAUAAUUCGACAUCAGUCGGAAAGUGUUGAUUGUACUAAUCCAGGUAACUCGUCUAAAAGUGAAACAACAAAUCGCUUGUAAGUAAAUUUUAACAGCGAAUUAGUUCACGUGCGUUGCAAAUCGCAAGAUGGUGGUGCUUAGUAAUUUCUUACCACCGCGGGAAGGCAUUAGACACGAAGAACCCGAAACUACACUUUACGUCAAUGAAAGAGAAAUUGGGAAGGGCACGAUCUACGUGACCGAAAGUCAACUCUCAUGGGUCAAUGGGGCCACAGGGCAAGGAUUUUCCUUGCAAUAUCCACACAUAUCUCUGCAUGCCGUAUCACGGGACCAGCAAGUACAUCCCCGACAAUGCCUGUACAUCAUGGUGGACACAAAGCUGGAUUUUCCUGAUAUACCGGAGAUGCUGCCAGUGGGUCCACGUUCUGGGGGUGAUCAAGAUGAGGACGAGGAUGAAGAUGAUUCAGAACCAGAGAUGACUGAGAUGAGGUUUGCUCCAGAAAACGUCAACAGCUUGGAUGCCAUGUUUCAAGCCAUGAGCCAAUGUCAAGCAUUACACCCCGAUCCUCAAGAUAGUUUUCUGGAUGCGGAAGAAGAUAUUUUCGAAGAUGCGGAAGAAGAUGACUUUGAAUAUUAUCAAGUUGCAGCAGGGGAUGGUCCUUACAUAUUAGCUUCAGAACAAGUGCAGAGUCAAAAUGGUGGAGGACCAGACGAAGCCAUGGAUGUGGAGGCUGGUCAAUUUGAGGAUGCCGAAGAAGAUCCAUAGGCUAUCUGGACUUUGUAGCCGCAGCAUCUACCCUUCCAAUGUCAGCCAAAACUUACGUGUGGCGCAACUAAUUCUCCCAUAAAUAUACCAUACCUUUGCGUAUUGAUCUUGCCAAGUUUGAAUGCGUAUUGUAGAAAUAGUAAUUUUGUGAAGUAGCCUUCUAAUCUUGGCAUCACUGGCAUCAAUUUCUCUGUUAUAUUAAUUUUGUACAUGUCAACGAUUCCGAUGACAAACUUGUAUUUAUAAAUAUAUUGCAUCGAUAUAUACGGUA